UUUGGUGGGUGUGAGUCAACUUCUCCUCUGGGUGCGGUCACCUCGUCACAGGGGCGGCUCACAGGAACCGAAUGGAGACACACGUGUGACUUUAUCUAACUAGAAACAGAUGCUUGUCGAUUCAUUUCACGCCGGACUGCGUUGCAUAUGAAUUAUUACAACCGGCGCAGAUAUAUUUUCAAACCGAAGCAACGCGUCCUGUGGUGCAGGAGUGGCAUCUCCUCUGCUGGAGGAGCUGCAGAAACCUGAUCACUAGCUGCUCCGGACAGGAGGCUCAGCAAGCUGUGUUAAGAUUGAAGUGAGCGCGUGCUGCAGUCGAGGACACUUUAAACAUGGACAGCGGGAGAACUCCGUCUUUACAACCGAGAGAUAAGACGUUUGUUUGUCUGUGGACUAGCAGGCAGUUCCAGCAGGAGCAGGUAGAAUGGGAUGAUGUCAACAAACUUCUGCAGCAUCAUGGUUUUAAGCCUGUGCAUUUUGCAGAUCCUGGAGGGAAUAAGAAUAUUUCAGAUCUGAUUGUGCUGGACAAGAAGUCAGCUGGGGAGAUCCGGAUGAGUCUGAGGACUAUGCUCACCGACUCGGAGAGGAGACAGGCUCUAAUCCAGGAGCUCAUCAAGUCCAACAACCAACUCAAGUACGUUCAUCACACCAUUCAGACAUGUACAUAUUUUGAGAAUUUCGAAGUUCUACAAGCACAAGCUCCGUCGUCUGGAGGGCUCAAAAAAGCACAAAAGGUGGGAUCGAUUGCUUCAGACCUGGCUGAGUUUCACACUGUGGUCCCCACACUGGAGGCCUGGGCUCAGCAGCUCCGCCUCCUGAAGGAUCUGCAAAGGGCUUUAAACCGGUUGACUGGCAGACUGAUGCCCUGGAAGCCGCGUGAUGGCGGCCAUACUGUUGCAGUGAAGGUGGAGGACAUGCUGAUGCUGGUGGACAGCAUGCUGGAGAACACCUCAGCUGAGGAGGACAAGGUGCUCAGGAGUCCCACUCGGUACACGUUGGGCUCCAUGGUGUCUCACUUCCAGAAGCUGUUUGACGUGAGCUCCCUCAGCGGAGUGUACCCACGUAUGAACGAGGUGUACAGCAGGCUGGAAGAGAUGAGGAACAUAAUGAGGAACCUGCGAGAUGUUCUGCAGCUCGACAGCAGGGCUCCUGCUGCUGAGGUGGUGCAUGGGGUGGAAAGACUGGUCUCCUCCACCCAGAACACCGCUGGAUUCCAAAGCUUGCUGGGAGAAGCUGAUAUCGACAGGUUCCCAUCCGCUGAGCACACACGUUUUUUGGUCUGUUGUGUUUCUGCUGGUGUUCGGAUGACUAAACAAAAAGCAAAGGCUUUUAUGAAUAUGCACCAAUAUACCGUAUUGUUUAGAGUAAGAUAAUCAAAUCUUAAAGUGGCCCCUUAAGUUUAAUGGACCCAGGCCAAAUACCCAAAGUAAAAAUCACUGUUUGUGCCAUGAAACUUAUCAUUUAAAAAUACAAACAUUUUGUGUAAAUGUGCAAAUCAUAGUGGACUUUGUAAUAAAAAAAAAAAUCCUCUAGAUCUUGAUCACCUAGAGAUGCACACCAUGUGUUAACGUUCAGAAUGCUUCAUACAACAGGAAUUAUACCUGCCUUGUUGUAACACAUUAUGAACUUACCUGAGAAUAGGGCUCAGGUACAGGUACUGAUCUUGUGCCCAUAUCAACCAGGUGCUUAACUCAUAAAACCAUAACUUUCUGACGUGUUUUAAUACCCCUUUGUUUUCGUCCAGCUUCGAACUGCGUACUUCCGGUUUCUCUACAUUCAAAAUAAAAGCGCAACCGGAAAUGCACCGACUGCCGUAACAAUGUCAUACUAAUUCUACCUUAUAGUCCAGUGUAUUUAUCGUCUGGAGUCAAGCAUAUUGAUGUAGCAAACUCUACCUACCUUGGAGUGUUACAAUAACCAUAGCAUCUCAUUCCAUGUGUCCAUCCAAGCAAAUUGGUGGAUCCAAAUGUUAUAAAACAACACAUGGUGUUAUUUAUCCCAAAUAGCAGUAGGGCCAAGUGCGAAAAGUGGUCAGUGGCAGGUUCCUUUGCCAGAACGGCAAAUGGAAAAUGGGUUCUCAAUUUAUUUAUUCAUUUAUUUAUUUAUUUCGAUAAAUAUAUCCCACUAUUGUUUUCGCGUUGCCAUGCCUCUGAAUAUCGCCAUGUUCUUAUAACAUCAUAGAAAGGUGCCAAAUGACCCAUUUCAGACUUUAGGAGCAAAU